CAUUCAUACAUAUACUUGAGUGACUGCCAUCAUGUCUCCCCUCGCUCGCCUUGCUGUAUCCACUCGUGUAGCUCCUCGCGCCCUUGUUGUACCUGCAGUUUCGUCGUUUGCCAGACCUUCCCUGCUAUACCCAGCCUCUACCUCCAGGCACUUCCAUCCCACCAACAUCAACAUGGCCAGCCACCCAAUUGCCACUUUGGAUGCGUCCCUUGUACCACGCCUACCACCAUCCUCGCCGACACUCUUCGAGGCAAAGAAGCAGAAGAACCUGAGCUUCGAAGCCAUCGCCAAGGAAGUUGGCCGUGAUGAAGUAGCUAUUGCCGCCCUGUUCUAUGGUCAAGCACAGGCGUCUCCCCAAGACAUUCGCAAGCUAUCGCAGAUUCUCGACAUUCCGGCAGAUAAGCUUGAAUCCCAACUCGCCGGCUUCCCGGACAGAGGGCGGACAUUGGACAUGCCCCCCAAGGAGCCACUGAUUUAUAGGCUGUAUGAAAUCGUGCAAAACUACGGAUACGCGUACAAGGCCGUGCUCAACGAGAAGUUUGGCGACGGCAUCAUGAGCGCCAUCAGCUUUUCCACAAAGAUAGAGAAGGAAACCGACGAGAAAGGGGACUGGGCUGUCAUUACUCUGAGAGGAAAGUGGUAAGAUAACCUGCACUCCCGUGUCUUCAACAUUUGAAUGCAAUAGUUCAUGUCUUCUGACCACUUGUCUGGGAGUAGGCUGCCAUAUUCGCGAUUUUGAGCAUACAUGUACAAACGGGGCGCCAUGUCAGUAGAACCAUA